AUGAGUUCCGAAACGCCUGAUGACAAGUUUAAAGAGAAGAAGGACAAGGAUCCUCAAGCAGAGGAAGAAAAUGAUAAAUCCCAGCAGGCCGACAUCAAAUUCUCACCUGAAGAAGAGGCUGCAAAGGCAAACGCCCUCUUCACCUCGGGCAAAUACGAUGCCGCCCUCAACAAAUAUGACGAAGCCAUUGCUGUUUGUCCAAACUACCUGGACUAUCCCUUGGCCGUCUUGCGCUCCAACGUGGCCGCCUGUCACCUCAUGCUGGAAGCUUGGAAGGAUGCCGUCACGCACGCCACCAAAGCUCUGGACCUGCUUGAUAAGCUAGAGCGGGAGGACAAGCUGGCUGCCGAGAAGGAAGAGAAGGAAAGAGAAGAUGUCGAAGAGGAGAUUGUCAGCGCUGGCGCAGCAAAGGCCGGACCCGCCGUUCCUGUCACGGAAACUGAGGCGCAGAUUGCCCGCCAGAAGCGACUAGAGGAUAUUGCCAGGAUACGGGCCAAAGCUCUGCUACGCCGGGCCCGGGCAAGGAGCGAGCUGGGUGGAUGGUCCACCCUCGAGGGAGCUAUUGAGGAUUACAAGAAGCUGUCUGCCAUGACCAACCUUACGGCUACCGACCGAAAGCUCGUCCAGGCGCAACUCAGAGCACUGCCACCCCGGGCCAAGGCUGCUCAGGAGAAGGAGACUGCUGAGAUGUGGGGCAAGUUGAAGGACCUUGGGAAUGGGUUGCUUAAGCCGUUUGGUCUUAGCACUGACCAUUUCAAGAUGGUGAAGGAUGAGAAGACCGGCGGUUACAGCAUGAAUUUCCAGGGAGGUGGUGGCGAAGGCAAAAAGUAA